GGCCCCAAAACCCGAAGAAGAAGAGCCGCGUCCGAAGAGAGCAUGACGGGAUAUGAAAGUCCUCCGGCGGCGCGCUGCCGCCAUGUCACCGAGAGAGAAACAUAUAGCUAUUAUCUCUGUUUUAGGCGUAGUUAGUCUUGCUCUUUAUUAUAUUCCUAAUUUUCUUUGGGUGACUUUAUUUCUUUCAGUGUGUUGUAUUGUGUGUUUCUAUCAAAGCGGAGAACCGCUUCCCGCCAGGUUAGGCCUCAAUCCUCGGGCUCGCCUGAGAGUUCCAGCCGUGCUCCAGCGCUGGUUUUGGGGCUGGGUAUCAACCGGCGUGUCGGUGGCCGCUCGGGGGAAAACGAAGAGCGGCAGAAACAAAACUGAGCACCGGUCCUUUGAGGGACACUUCAGAGAAAGGCCCGUUGAAGCUGGGAUUUAUAGGAGGGAUACUUUGCACACUGAGUCGUUUCUUUUCAGUCCUCGGGAUUUCCUCAUGGGGAGUUACAUCGGAAAACCCGAAAGUCCAACUCCCGACUCCGGGAGGCCAAGAGCCGGGAGAAACCCCCGAGAGCAGCUCCGUGAGAGACUGGCCAGACCCAACCAUGCUGUCUACACGCCGAACAGGAGGCUCUCAUUUGCCGGGGAGCCGCCGUGCACAGCGGGCAGAUUCACCAUCACCCCCCAGCGUCAUUACCCCCUGCAGCAGCCCGGGGUCUCACAAGUGGGAGUCCUACCUCCUGUGAAGUGGGACAGCUUCAGGAAGAAAAACAUCCUCAGCCCUCGUAACUGUUCUGCUGUCCUCAGCCCCGUCACCAUCAAGAUCGCCAGGCCGGACCACCUCAGCUCCCCCAGUUUUGACCAUCUGAGUUGUGCGGGGCUCCCCAGGGUGCCUGUGGACCCCUGCUCCAGAGAAAGUGUCCUCAAGGUCUUGAAGGAAAGCCGCAAGAGAGUAGUUGAGGAUGAGGACGGAAGCGUCACAGCCGAGCAGAAAAGCAAAAGAAGGCGUAAUGACAGCAAUGGGAGCGGACAAUCUGCGUUUGAGCCUCUCCUGCCCAACGGGACACCAUCACUGCUGGUCCCUAAGCCAGGAAGCCUGAAAAGAGGGAUGACCUCUCUUGCAGAGGAUGCCCUCAUGAAGAGAUCUCGCACCUCCUCCAUCAGCUCCGGCAGCGGGGUCCACACCCCCAGAGGAACCCCCGGCAGCAGGAGGAACCCUAUCCAGAGCUCCUACAGCUCUUCAAAGGGCCUCAGCCAGUGGAAGAAGCGGUCAGCACCCAGCUCCCCUCUCUCCAGCCCCGGGUCAUCUCGCUCUCAGACCCCAGAGGCAGCCUCCAAAAGAGCCAAGGAGGACGACGGACAGUCUCCCAGCUCAGCAUCCUCAGUGAGGUCAGAGAAGACGGCCUCUGAGAAGGUUCCUGUUACAUCUAAAUGUACUCCAGCUCUCAAGCUGCCCGUCACCCCCUCAGCAGAGUCUACAGGGAGUGGUGGGAAGAGGAAGCGUAAGAUCCAGCUGGUGUCGAGCCACCGGGACGAUCAGAUCUCUCUGCCUCCGCCUCCAGAGCUGGGCUAUACCAUCACUGUGAAGGACCUGGAUGAGGAGAAGAAGGCUGCGCUCAGCAAAAUCCAGAAGGUCCUGGAGACCCCCGCUCCAAAGCAAGAGAAGUCUGUCGCCCCCGCAGUCUCCACUUCCCUCCAUCCUGCCUCCUCCUCCAGCAGCAUCACCACCCUGAGCAGCCUCCUGGCUUCUCCUCUGCCCACAGCCUCCUCCCCCGUCAUCAACCUGGACCCCAGCCCCAGUGUGAGCUCCGCCCCGGCAGCAUCCAACCCGCUGCUGGAGGCUCUGAAGAUGAAGAUCAGCAUUCCUGCGAGCUCCACCUCUCCCGCCAACACAUCUACAGUGUCUGCAUCCUCCACGCCGGUGCAGCCCAGUGGUUUCACCCUGAAUGUUUCCACUGCAGGAGUCGCCCCUCCUGCCCCCACCUCUCAAUCCUCCUCUACAGGUGUGGAGCAGCCCUCAGCCUUCACCCAGGUGCUGAGUCAGGUCUCCAAGCCCUCCGUCAGUGUUGCUGCUGUAGCAGGACCAACCCUGUUUGGACUGAGCAGUCUGAUCAGCAUCGCUGCUGCCUCUUCCGCCUCCAACCUGGUCUCCGCUGCUGCUCCUUCCCCCGCCAGCAGCUUAGCUUCGCUCAGUAACACCAACCCUCUGCUGGCUUCAGGGUUCAAACCCAUUUUUUCCGUCACCACCACCCCCACCCCCGCAGCUGCAUCAACCCCGGAGAGCAAACCUCCUGUCCAAAGUUUCAAGCCCAUCUUUGGAGCUGCUACUUCAAGUGCUGGAUUCGGACUGCCUCCACCCUACACCACCUCUAACUCAGCCGCCACCGCUUCUCCCAGUAUCACAUCAUCAAUGUUUGGUGGAUCUACUAGCAGCACCACAGUUACCCCGUCUGUUUUCCCUGGUUUAACCAUCACCAACACCCCCUCCUCCACCGGCUCCAUCGCCGCCACGCAGCCCGCAGCCCCAGCAGCUGCGAAAUCCCUCUUUGGAAACUGGUCAGCACCAACAACAACCUCCACCAGCUCAGCCUCAGCGCAGGCGCCUAACACCGGGAGCUCAUUUCAGUUUGGAGCCGUGACCACUACUGCUGCUGCUGCUCCUGUCCCGACCGCUGCUGCCACCACCACCUCCAGCGGGGGCAACUUCGCCUUUGGUGCCACACAGGCAGACCCUCAGGCAGCCAACCAGAAGGCAUUCUCCUUCGGUCAGGCAGCUCCCAGCCAGAACACAACCACAUCUUCAUUUGGAGGCUUUUCAAUGGCCAGCACGGCCUCCACCACUGCUGCCACCACCACCCAGUCCACCUUCAGCUUUGGGAAGCCGUCUUUUCAAGCACCGGCAGCACAGGCCACAUUUGGCUCCUCUGCGGCACCGGCAGCACAGAACACAUUUGGUUCUUCAGCGGCACCCGCAGCACAGAACACAUUUGGUUCUUCAGUGGCACCUGCAGCACAGAACACAUUUGGUUCUUCAGUGGCACCUGCAGCACAGACCCCCUUCGGCUCUUCAACGGCAGCACAGGCCACAUUUGGUUCUUCAGCGGCACCUGCAGCACAGACCACCUUUGGCUCCUCAGCGGUGGCGCCAAACUCUUUCAACUUCGGUGGAGGAGCAUCAUCCACCCCAGCCCCUAACACCGCCCCACCCUCUUUCCCCUUUGGGUCGACUGCCGCCACGACAGCUGCCAGUUUUGGGACGCCUGCUAAACCAGCGUUUGGAAGCAGCUCCACUGGGUUUGCUUUCGGCGGCACCGCUGCUCCCUCGGCUGCCCCCUCGGCUGCUCCGAGCUUCGGUUCAGCCGCACAGACUCAGAGCUCCUCCUCCAACUUCUCUUUUGGAAAUGCGGCUCCUCAGCAGGCGGCCCCCGGUCCGGCUCAGCCUGCAUCUGGUGGAUUUAACUUCGGAGCUGCGAUGCCAUGCCCCCAGUUUGGAACACCAGCCCCCAGUAACCCUGCACCACAGAUGGGAGGCUUCAAUUUCGGGGCUGCUGCUGCUGACAAACCAGCUUUUGGAACGUCUAACCCAUCCUUCGGUCAGAGUGCUGCCGCCGCUGCCGGUCCGAUCCCCUUUGGAAGUCCUGCAACUCCAGUCCAAGGCUUCAACUCUGUUCCUUUCGGGUCCCCCAGUCCCCAGCAGGCUCCCUCCUUCUCCAUCGGAGCCGGAUCAAAGCCAAUUGGAGCUCGUCAGAGGCUUCAGGCGCGGAGGCAGCACAACAGGAAGAAGUAACGUGCUCCGUGUGUCCAGCACCGCCUAAAGAGGACUUCAGCUGCUGCUGCUAUCGUUGAUCUGGCUUACGUUGCUCUGAUCAAACCCCUCAAACCUGGCUGCCACCACGUCCUCUGCUCCCCCUCCUCAGGUGGUUGUGCUUGCCCGAAACAUUGUGUUUGUAGAGGAGUUGGAAUUAGAAAGAACACACAGCCUGCUCGCUGCCUGGAUGACUUCAUGUGAGGAGACAGGAUCCAUAACAACGUACUAUACUUGAAGAGAGGGAGAAGACACGUUAGAUUUUGAACAAAAGCAUAUCCAAAGUUCUUUUUUUUUCCUUUUACAGUGUGUGGACACUCCCAUUGGUUGGUCUUAAGGAGAAGUUGAGACGCCUCGACUCAAACAUUUAUUUUUUAUACGUGAAGAGCUCACUGGUUUGUAUGUUACAGAGUAUUUGAGUUCGUUAUCUGAAUGAAUGAGUGUGAUUGGGAUGAAAGGCACAGUUGAUUCAGAUAAGGUACAAAAACGCUGCAGUGUAAAUGUAAAGUUAUGAGAAGUUUGCAUUUUUUAAUGAUUUUUUUAAUUGGCUCUCUGACCCUGUAAAUGAAUGAUGUGUUUCUGCACUUAAAGGGCGACUUAGUUAAUGUCUUAAAGUAGUUACUGCAGACUUUUGUGUUCUUGUCUCAUACUUUUUGUCAUUUCAAGCAUUCCUAGAGCCUUUUUUUGACAGUGAUUGCCAACACUGAUGUAAUUAGCAGGACUAAGAUAACUACUCUUAUCUUAUGCUAACUCAUCAACUUCAUGCCUGUGAAAAGAAUCUGUGAACUCUGUCUCUCUUUAUGCUGAGAUGUUUGUUUGUGCCAGACUACCUCUCUUUGCUCCAGGCGCUGAAUCUGUGUCACUGACAGGAUUGAGAAGAUCAAUAAUAUUUUAACACCUUUUUAAAUUAAUACAGUGAGUGUUUAAAUUACAUGCUGCAAAACAAACAUUAGCUCCUCUGGUAUUUCAUUGUUUUAGUAGAUGCAUAAUAUCAGCUUUACUUGGAUACAAUUUGUCAUAUUGAAAAGUAUUAGUUAUCUGCUCAGUAAUUGCAUAAACUCUCAUGAUGAUGUCGAAGAUUUUUGUCAAACACACGGGACGAUAAACACAUUUCUGUCUGCGGUCGAGGUUUUUUUUUUAUUAAAAUGAUUUCUGUUUUGUGUGAUGCAUUUUGUGGUUAAUUUUGAAUGAAUAAAAACUGAAUUUUGGACUUGAAUGUUACAAAAAGAACACA